AUGCUUCCUCAUCAAUUCCCUGAUGUAUUGAUUUCGUUUCUUAAGGUAAAGAGAAAGUGCAACGAACUAAUAGCCACUAUUGAUGGAGAGGAAAAAGCUGAUAUCCCCUUCUCAUCACCAAUGGUUACAAACAUUGGAAUAUUUUAUUUGCAUCAUUCAUUUAGGUUAAAAAAUGCUUACAACGGAAUUAUAUGUAUAUCCAAUGAGAUGGACAUACUUUUGGUUAACCCCUCCACUAGAGAAUCUCAAAGGUUACCUUUUUCAACCUUUUCAUACCCAUGUGCUGAUUCUACCAAUUCUUAUGUUUUGGGUGUUUGGUUUGAUGAUCAUCAGUCCAAUUCAAAUCAGCCUCCCCGAGGAGCCCUACAACAUUACAAGGUUUUUAGGGCGGUUAUUCUCUUGAUCGGAUACAAUCAUCGUUAUAGAGGUUUUGAAGACGAUAAACUUGUGUUUGAAAUAUAUGAUUCAAGGGAGAAUUGUUGGAGGAAAAGCAAGGCAGUGUAUAAAGACCUUAGUAGGUGGUACAACUUGCUAUUAAAUGGAGUUUUUCACUUAUCUAUUGACGGAGAUUCUUUGAUUACAUUAGAUGCAAGAUCAGAAAUAUUGGGACACCUUCCAUUGCCAUCAGAAAUUAUUGGUUUGUAUAUGGCACCCUUGUUUAACCUUAGGGGAUAUCUAGCCUUGUUGGUAAAUAAAUACGACACCUCUGUUUCAAACCGUUAUACCGAUAUAUGGCUUAUGAAUGAAUAUGGGGUCAAGGAAUCUUGGACUAAGCAAUACACUAUGAUCAAUUUUGAUGAACCCUUGGUGCAACAUCUGUGUAAACCGAUAACGUUUUGGAAAUACAUGGACAAGGAAGAGGAGGAGGAUGAGUUAUUCAUUCAAAAUGUUGAUGGAAAACUCAUCUCUAUUAACCUUGUUACUAAUAAAAUAACAAAUUUUGAAUUGUAUGGUAUUCCUAGUUCAAUGAUGAUUGUACCUUAUAUUGAGACCUUACUUACUCUCAAGUGA